AAUGACAAGGACUCAUUGGAGCUCCGAGGGAAGAAAGAGAUAUAUAAAGGUGGUCUUCUUCCUCCUUCAACCAUCCAUCCUCAUCACUCACUCACUCACUCUUCACAACUCAGCACAACAAACCCCAAUCUGCUCUUCAAUACUCUCUUUUUGAGAUCUCAACACUUUUCAACCACCAAAAUGCAACUCACCUCCAUCGUCGCUCUUCUCGUCGCCGCCACCGGCGCUGUCGCUUCUCCCGGCCGUGCUCCUCCUCCCCCUCCCCCGAAGCCUCAUCGUCCUGCUCCUCCCACUAUCGGUCCUGUCACCCAGACCCAAAACUGCGGAAACGGUGCUUCUGCUUACUGCUGUAACAAUGUGGUUGACAGCAAGGGCUUGAGCUACUUCGAGUGCAAGAGCUCCACGGGCUCCUGCGGCACUGUUGCGAUUUGCUGCCAGAACAACAACAACGGCGAGGACGGAAAUGCCAUCCAGAACUGCGGCCUGGGCAACUCCCAGGUUAUCUGGCUGUAA